GCUUAAGUACAUAGUUGUCAAAUUGACGCUACCUUGAGAAAAUGAAGUGCGUGUCUAAAAGUCUGCUCUUGGCCUUUGCCGUGUUCCUCAAUUUUAUUGAAUUGAAUUCACAGCUGCAUCGGCGACAAAAACUUCCACCAGUUGAUACAGAUAGUGAAGUAUAUAAAGAACAGCACGCUAAAUUAGAGCGCCUACCUUCUUUUCCUGAAAGAUCUCUUCCACCAAUUCAUCCGAAUGAUCCAAAUUAUGAGCAUCAGAAUUAUGGAUCGAAUUUCAUUAUGCAUGUUCCAAUUAAUCAAGCAGUUAAUUCAAAUCAACCAGCUAAUCAAGAUAAAUCAAAGCAAUUUCAAGAUCCACGUCCUGAGGAGCUUACAUCAAUAAGAAGAAUUAAAGAACAACCCGAUAUACAAAAAUAUUAUAAAAGUUCAUCUAGUCAUCACCUACAGCAAAAAAAAAUAAUCUAGAUGAUAAGAGAUUUAAAAAAAUGAGUCCUAUUAUCAAAAACAGUAUAUAAGAAUAACUUCUAU